AUGCAAACUCCCAAACGGGCAUCAUUUCUAUCAUCUUUUGUGACAAGAAUUCAGCGAAUAAUACAAGGAAAUUGGAAAGUCAUGAUAUUUUUUGUUAUUUUCACGACAUGUCUUUCCUUGUUGUACUUUGUUGAUUGGAAAGUCCAUUACAAAGAUAGUGUGACAACAAAAACGUAUCUCUUCAUGUUUACCUUUGAUGUCAUGCUCACACUUUUAUUAGCCGAAAUAGUUCAUCCCGGGUUAAUGCUUCUUUUCACAUCAAUUUUACUCGUUUUUUUGGGAAUUAUAACAGCACAAGAAGCCUUCAUGGGGUUUGCAAACAACAGCACUUUGACUGUAUUGGUGGCUCUUAUUAUUUCCGAGGCAGUCGACAAAACAGGUGGUCUCAAAUUUGCAGGCAGAUUUUUGCUUCCCGACACUCCACAAAAAUACAUCUGGCCCUCUGCUCUCAGGCUUUUCCCUUUUGUCAUGUUGGUCUCACUCUUCUUGAACAACACGCCGGUCGUUGCUAUGUCGAUACCUCUCAUAUUUGCGUGGACAAAAACGUCGACACAACCAGCCUCAAAGUUAUUACUCCCGAUGUGUUACGCCAUUCAGUUUGGAGGGAUGAAUUCCAUAUUAGGGACAAGCACUAACUUGGUUGCAAAGGGGCUGAUUUUGAAUCAAGUGGAAAUUGUCAACCAAAAAUUCAACUUGAACAUGCAAGUGACUAUCCCAAUGUUUGAGAUUGGUCUGGUUGCGUUACCACUCACUAUUGUUGGACUCCUCUACACGUCGUUUUUCACAUUUUUGGUGCCAAACACCGACAUCCCUGAGCAAACAGCUGGUCAAAGUGAGUUUUUGAUUCCUGUGAAAAUAGCAGAGGGGAGUUCACACAUUAAUAAAAAGCUCAAAGACACAGUCUUGUUCUAUCCGUCACAUGGAAAACUCUUUAAGAUCAAACGCGGGGAAUUGAUGGAGCCAAAACCCGAUGAAAUAUUGAAAGAAGGGGAUGUCUUGUAUUAUUUAGCACCGUACCAGCUCUUGAAUGAUGUCUAUGUGUAUUCUGGAAUAGUCCCAGAGAGUCGAUUUGCAAAGGAGAUGAUGUCAUCAAAUCGCGACUUAAAAGUGUAUGAAGUCUGUUUUGGAGGUGCAUCGCAGUUUAUUCACAAAAAGUUUCCCAAUUUUGUCAAUACCCAGUUCUUUUCGAUUCUUGGCAUUUCGUAUAAAAAGAUCGACGAAAAUGAUCAAAACGAAGAAGAAAAAGUACUCAUUGGAGACGACAUGGGGUCAUUGUGUAAAGAAGAGUUAGCUGAGAGUGUCAUUGAAAGCACCCGAAGUUACUUAAUAUGCUCGACUGAGUCUUUUGAAAACUCGGAGAACUACCCAAAUCCAUUUCAGUUGGUCCUCCCGUUGGAUGUUUCUCUCCCCCAACCAAUGGUCAUCUACAAAACUAUAUUAGCGCUUUUAGCCAUUGCUAUUCCAGUCAUAACCGAUGUCAUAGAUGCGUCUCCUUUUGUAGUUGCUGCUUUUGUUAUGGUCUUCAUUUUGUUAGUGACGAAGACUAUUAGCAUUAAGGAUGUCUUUAAAGCUGUUGAUGUCCCUUUAAUCUGCAUUUUGGGUGCUUCGUUUGGGCUUGUUGAGGGGAUGGUGAAGACGAAUGUUGGUGCUCUUCUUGCGCGGUCGUUAACUCGAGCGUUUUUGCCGUUUGGGAAGAUUGGGAUAUUAAGUGCACUUGCCAUACCCGCUCUGCUGUUAACACAGUCACUGAGUAAUGCCGCUGUGUUUGCGUUGAUGUUUCCUGUGGUUUGGGAGACAUAUUGGGGAGCCGAUCCCACCGGUAUGGAUCGAGGACAAGUCAUUGGGUUGAAAAGUUCGAUGUACGCCGUGAUGAUAGCGACGUCUUCCGUCUUCUUGUUACCAUUUGGUUCGAACAAAACACUUAUGGUGAUGAAGAAAGGGAAUUAUCGAGUGAAGGACUUCAUCAUCUUUGGGAUCCCCCUUGUGUUCUUUUCGCUUGUUGCUGCUGUUGGACUCUCUUAUGUAUUCUUUGAGGUGAUCUGGCCAGACAACUAUUAA